AUGCCCGCUGUUGUUUCCAGUUCCACGGGCGACGUGGCCUCGAGCGCGGUCAUCUCGAAUGCUGCGACAGCUGCAGUGGCUUCUGGCGAUGCAAAGAUCUCCAGCACGGCGUCUUCGUCGGAGUCGGGCCAAGUCACCGUGAUGCCUUUGGUGAUGCCCAUGCCCACCGCGCAAGCCAAAGACCACCCUGCAGAAAAUCAAGAAGCGAAGCGGGACAUGUUUGCGUUCGACCAGGAUGAAGAGGGUGGCGCGGAGAAGGAAGAGGCACGGCUGGCGCGGUGGAAAAAAGAGGAUCCCAUCGCACUGCAGGACGCGUUCAUGACUUCCAACGCAUUUCUGAAAGCCUGUAAGGACGAUAAUUUACCGGAGGCGCUCGAGAUCCUGCAGAACAGUGUGAAGACGGAUUUUCUGCAGUAUCACGUCAUUCAGGGGUACUACGCUUGCAUCCAAAACCUCAAUUUUGAGCUCUUCCACCAAGUAUUUCAGGCUCAAGGCUUCCCCGUUGGCCUCUUCCCGGAAAUUCCCCACGCGAUCGCCGAACUCUGCACCAAAGAAACUUUUCCCGUCUGCCGAAAAUUCUUCCAGCCACUCUUUCGGGCGCAUCAGGUACUAUCGCCUCAAGAAACGGAAAGAACGCUAGCAGUCCUAAUUCCCUGCGCAGAAUCGCUCUACUCAGUCACCAUUGGCAUAAGCAUCAUGUUGGCAACUGAGCUUGCGGCUUUUUCCAUGAUCAUAGUCAUGAAUUUGAAUGUUUCAGAUCCCGGUCGACCACCCACGACACCGAGACGGAAUGACGCCGUUGUGCAUUGCCUGUUUGCGAGGUUGCUUGCCGCUCUCCAUCAUCCUCCUCGAGGACUAUCACGCAAGCUGCAACGUGAUCACCAAGCACAAUCUGGUCCCCUACCAGCUAAACCUGCAGCCGCAGCCGUCCGACGACGCACUAGCGACGGAAGGCCGCCAGCUGCUGAAAAACCGCUUUGA